UUACAUAUUGAUUAUGUCAUUCGGGCACCAAAUUGAAAAAUUUUCGGAUUUUUAUGUUUAAUAUUCAUAGUGAGAUCUGCCAUUAAUUAAGGAUGAGUCUUUCUUUGGAAGAUUUCAAACAAGAGUUUGCAGAAUGGGAUUUGGUUUUUCCAGUAAAUCUGUAUGAUAAAAUAAAAGAAGUUUGUGAGAAAUAUGAUUUGAGUGCCGAAGACUUUGUCAGUUCAUGGCAGGCUCACAAGCAGAAUCAUAAAAUUAAGGUCAAUCUGAAUUUGGAGCAUCUUGACUUCUUUGCUAGGGAGGAAUUUGAAAAAAAAUUUGUGAAAAAAUCUUCAAAAGUCAGAUCCAUUCCCAAGACUCCUAUAGUAAAUAAUCAUGAAGCCAACACGCCUGCCUCGUCUAAAAAACGACCGAUAGAUAUUACCCCAGAAAUGGCCAACAAGAAGAUCAUUUUGUCAGAAGAGGAUCAAUUCGUUGGCACUCCCAGCAGAGCUCCAUCCUCAUUGAAUGGCAUGACACCGUCUGCCAAGUAUUCCAGUCGCAAGAACAAGGGUGAAGUUGUGGCAUCAAAUUGCGAAAAUUCAUUAAACGAUCGUCGCCUGUGGAGAAGACAGGAUGUGAAUCGGUUGGUCACUGUGCUCGAUUAUGAAGAAGCCAGAGAGAUGAAGCCCCAUUGCAAGUACAUGUUCCACAGGGCUUCUGAAAAAUAUUACACACUGAACUUUAUGAUAUCGGACAUGCAGCAGAGGCUCCUGUCAACAGGAGUUGUUGAAGAGUUCACUUCUAUUGGUAAUGUCUUUCAGGAUCCUCAAAUUGUGAUUGGCCGAGUGAACUUUGAUGUGAUGGAUAAGCAAUUGUCAUUGGAGGAGGAGAACACGGGUCUUACUGUUCCCCUCUCACUCAACUCACUCGCUGAUUAUUUCAUUUUUACGGGACAGGUAGCAGCAUUUGAAUGCACCAACCCAACUGGCAAAUGUCUGAAUGCACUGAGAUUCAUUGAACCUGUUUACCCCCCACAACCGCCUCUCAAGGACUUCAAAGAUCUCUCCGUUCUGGUAGCAUGUGGACCGUUCAGCACACAGGACAGCACGAUGUAUGAACCAUUGAACGACUUGAUCACCCAGAUUGAACAGAACACACCUGACCUCUGCAUUCUGCUCGGUCCAUUCAUUGACACAGAGUUUGCUGAAUUGCAAAUUAAUGAAGAUCUUGGCUCUCUGCAGCAGAAUUGUUUCAAUAAAUUGAAAGAAAUGGCGGCAAGUUUACACUGCCAUGUCGUGAUCAUUCCAUCGCAGAGAGAUUUCCUUCAUGAAUUUGUUUACCCGCAACCGCCUUUCAAAUUGUCCUCGAGCAGUUUUGUAUCGUACAUGUCCGAUCCAUGCACCCUCGAUGUUGAUGGGCUGGUCAUUGGGGUGACGUCAACGGAUGUUCUCAUGCACAUGAGCAAGGAUGUCAUAUCAAAGUCACAGAAAAAUGUUGACAGAUUUACAAAACUUGUUCAAACAUUUCUAGGCCAACACAACUUCUAUCCUGUCAACCCACCAUCCAACGAAGUCAAUGUUGACCUUGAACUCUUCGAUGUGUACGCCAAAUUAACUGUUACACCGCAUUUGCUCAUUCUUCCGUCUGAAUUGAAAUGUUUCGUCAAGACAGUCAACUGCUGUACUUGCGUGAAUCCAGGGAAGCUCUCAAAGAAGGAAGCUGGCGGAACAUACGCCCACAUUAAAAUACGUGCCAACGCUCCGGCAGUGAAUGUUGGUGAAAAUUCCCCUGGUAACAUUGAGAACAAUGUGACCUGUGAAGUGAAAGUUGUGAAAAUAUGAGGAGAAUGAAGAUAGGACAAAUAGUUGAAUACUGUACUUCAUUAGUUUAUUGCAUAAAAUCGAUAUCGCAUCUCCCAAGACACUUCUUGUGUCUAAAUGUCAUAAUGUUCUGUAUUUCAGUUCCGUUUUUCAUUAUUCGGUUGAAUGCCAUCAUCGUCAUCAUGUUUAGUUGUCAUCGCCAAUGAACAAUAAACAAAUAAAGGGCGUUGCUUAUUUAGUUAAUUAUCUCGUCUUUUCAGCUGUCCUCAUCUAUUAAAACUACCGGUUCUUCAAA